GAUUAUAUUGGGAUCACAACAGAAAAGAGCUCAGAAACUCUCUCUGUACUCUUUAACUCAGUAAAAACAGGCAUGGAGCUCGGAUCAGCGGUUAGUGCUGUCAGGAGCAACAGAGUGCUGCUUGGUAAUGAAGUGAGUCCAGCUGUCAUAAUAAUUAAAGAUGGUAAAAUCCACAAAAUACUCUAUAGCGGCAACUUUACUGAGGAUGUUGGCUCUGAGGUGCUGGAUGUGGGGGACAGCGUGGUGAUGCCAGGCGUCGUAGACUGCCACGUUCACGUGAACGAGCCGGGCCGCACCUCAUGGGAGGGCUUCUGGACGGCCACCAGGGCCGCCGCGGCUGGAGGAGUGACCACCGUCGUGGACAUGCCCUUAAACAGCGUCCCUCCAACCACAACGCUCAGAAACUUUGAGGAGAAGCUGCAGGAGGCGACGGGGAAGUGCUUCGUGGACGUAGCCUUCUGGGGAGGAGUUGUUCCUGGAAAUCAGCGUGAACUUCGGCCUAUGAUCAAGGCAGGAGUUGCUGGCUUCAAGUGUUUCCUCAUCCACAGCGGUGUUGAUGAGUUCCCCCAUGUGGCUGAAUUUGACCUCCACACAGCCAUGAAGCAGCUCCAGGGAACAGGAAGUGUCCUGCUGUUUCACGCAGAGAUGGAUGUUCAGCCAACAACGGGGAACAACGCUGACGAGACAGACCCUUGCCAGUACGGCACCUUUCUGCGGUCCCGGCCCGAUGUCAUGGAGGUAGAAGCUAUUCGGACCGUUGCAGAACUCUGUCUGCAGUACCGGGUGCGAUGCCACAUUGUUCACUUGUCAUCUGCAAAGGCCCUUAAGCUGAUCCAGAAAGCUCGGCAAGCCGGGGCCCCCCUAACGGUGGAGACCACCCAUCAUUACCUCAACCUGUGUGCAGAAACUAUUCUUGCGGGAGCCACACAGUUUAAGUGCUGCCCUCCCAUCCGAGGCUCUGCUAACCAGGAGCAGUUGUGGUCUGCACUGAAAAGUGGACAGAUUGACAUGGUGGUGUCUGACCACUCCCCCUGCACACCUGACCUUAAGAAACUGGAGAGCGGGGACUUCACGCAGGCCUGGGGAGGGAUUUCAUCGUUACAAUUUGGUUUGCCUCUGUUCUGGACUCCAGCCAGUAAGAGAGACUUUCAGCUGGCUGAUGUGGUGAGGCUCCUCAGCAGAAACACAGCCCAUCUGAGCAGCCUGGGCAACCUGAAGGGCAGCCUGGCCCCUGGCUUUGAUGCCGACUUGGUCAUUUGGGAUCCAGAGACAGGUUUUCAGAUCGAAGAAGCAAGCAUUCACCACAAAAACAAGAUGACCCCGUACCUCGGCUCCACGCUGCAGGGAGUGGUGCGUGCGACUGUCCUGAGGGGCCGGCUGGUGUACAGAGACGGCAGCUUCUGCCCUGAACCUCUGGGAAAGCAUCUCCUCAUCCCCCAGAGGACGGGUCAAGCACAACUGUAGCAAACACAGACAAUGAAAACUCAGUCCAUUUGGAAUGUUGGGGAUUUAAUUGGUCUGACUUUAAAUGCGUGAUCUUUUUUCUUUUCUAAAGUGCACAUAGCUAAAAGUUACCAUAUGAGCUAAUAGCUUUUAUUUGAAAAUUGACUUUAAACAACUUAAGUGUUUAAGCUAAAGUUAAAGAGAAUCGACAGUACAACAACCUCUGGAAAUCUCAUUUCAGUUCAGCUAGGUCAAGCUUAGACUCAAAUUCAGUUAAGCACAGUUCAGUUUUCAUGUCUGUGGCAAACUUUUACUCAGUACAGAGGAUAGCCCAGCGCCAUAUAUAAGCUUUUGACAUCAACAGUAAGCAGAGUGUCUGCUUUCUUGACUUCAUGGACUGCUUCUCUUCCCAUUACACUUUUAGAAACUACAUUACCUUGUUUUUUUUGCAGGUCUGAUAUAACAUUCUUGUUCAGAAAAUCUUCAUAAUUACCAGAAAUAAGGGCUUGAAAACAUCAGCCUGUGUAGUUCAUUUAAUGUGACGUGUUCACUUCAUGACAGAGAUCUUGAAAUAAACUUUUUAAUCAUUUUCUAAUAUGACUGUAGAACAAAUUCUUAAAUAUAAGUUAAAGUUAGAUUUUUUUUUCAGAGCUUUGCAAUACUAGUUAAAGGACCUCACACAGGAACACUUUGUAUCAGGGAAUGAGACGACACUGUCACGUAUUGUGAGGUUGAAACAGGAGUUUGGGAACCGCAUGGUGAUUUAACUGCAAGCGUGCAAACUUACAGCAAGGCAUAAAGGGAACC